AUGUGGAAAGCGGUCAGAACCUUGACCUCUCGAGCCACCACCUCGCAACCUCGUCUUCGUGACGUGGUUAUUAUUGGAGGAGGACCCGCCGGGCUUUCACUUUUGGCUGCCUUGAAGUCAUCUAGAGUCACAAGAGAUUUACAAUGUACAUUGGUCGAAGGAGGAAGUCUUGCUUCUGUUCAAAAUUUCGCUUCGAAUCCUCCAGAAGAGUACACAAACAGAGUGGUGUCGCUCACUCCAAAGACAAUUGAGUUUAUGCAAGAAAAAAUAGGCAAUUGGGCGUAUAUCAAUGAGGAAAGAGUCAAGGUGUAUGACAGUAUAGUAGCCUACGAUUCGCAAGAUAGUGACUCUCGGAUAUCCUUUGAUGCUUCUGCAAUUGGUACCGGGACCCUCGCUGCCAUGUGUGAGAAUAUCAACAUCCAGGCAUCUCUCUGGGAAAGAAUUCAGGAAUUGAAUAUGACUAGUGAUGUUCCUGCUGAGAUCAUGGACAAUGUCAAAGUUGAAAAAAUCCAGUCGCCUGUAGAAUUCAGUGCUUCUGAGGCGUUGGAUGAACUGCCCGACUUGUUGGAAGUCGAUCCUACUGACGGCAUGAGUGAACUCGACUGGCCCAUAAUACAUCUCUCCAAUGGUGAAAGUCUUCAAGCUCGUUUGCUCGUUGGUGCCGACGGCUAUAACUCUCCGGCCCGCAAGUUUGCUGGUAUCCAGUCGCGUGGGUGGAUGUACGACCGAUUUGGAGUAGUUGCUACUAUCAAACUUUGCUACGAAGAUUACCGCUCGAUCGGCUGGCAGCGAUUUUUGACCACUGGACCAUUGGCGAUUCUUCCUCUUCGCGACGAUAAUGCCACUAUUGUGUGGUCUUCCACCCCAGAACUCUCGCAAUUGUUACUCAAAGUUGACCCAGAAAUCUUCCCUCAUCUUGUGAACGCUGCGAUGACUUUGGAGGAAGUUGAUCUCAAUUAUAUCUACAAGCUACUUGAAGUGGAUCCGAGCGACAAGUCUGUUUUGGGCGAAAUUGAAUGGAGAUUAUCCAAAAUUAAGCUUCUGGAAUUAGACAGCAAGUACCCUCUUCCAGUACGUGAACUAGUAGAGGGAUCCAGAGCCCGGUUUCCGCUCAAAAUGUCCCACGCUGAUACCUAUGUAGCUCCACGAGUUGCACUCAUAGGAGAUGCCGCCCACACUAUACACCCACUUGCCGGACAGGGACUCAAUAUGGGCCAGACAGAUGUGGCUCAUCUCAUGGCGGCCUUGGAAAAGGGUGCAAAACGAGGUAUGGACGUCGGUUCCACAUUAGUACUUGAAGAAUACUAUGCGAAUGCCUGGCCGGGGAACCAUGUUCUUUUGGGUGUUUGUGACAAACUCCACAAGAUUUUUUCUACCGAUUUCACUCCGUUGGUGUAUUUGAGAGGUUUUGGUAUGAAGACUCUCAAUUCAUUGGGUGUGGUUAAAGAUUUGAUGAUAAAGCUGGUUAGCGGUAAUUAA